AUCAGAGCCUCUUUUCUCAGGCUCCUCCUUGCUUCAGAAAAGUCCCUUUUUGUCGUCUUCACUUUCACUUUCUCUUCAAGUGAAUCUCAAACGUUUCUCCUAAACAGAAGCAAUCCAACAUAUGUCCUAUCGAUUUAGUGAAAUUAUUCCGGAAUGGCAAAUGUAAAUGUUUCCACGGCAGCCAUCGAGAAGGUAAAUGGAUUCAAAAGCCAACUUUCUAAUAAAGCUGAUGAGCUGAUCUCAGUAGGAUUUCCUAAGAAAAUUGAGGAGUUGGACAAACUUCUCAGUUCUCCAGAACUGAAUGUUUCUGAUUUAAAAACAUUAAAAGCUGAGCUGGAUAUACCAAUCCCAGACCCAGAAAAAGAGAAAGAAAAGGAAAAAAAGAAGAAAGAAAAAGAUGAAAAAAAGAAAGAUGAUGAUGAUGAUAAAGGUCCUCCCUGCGGUCCAAUCUCCUGCAAUGAAAAAAUCGCAAGUUUGCAAAGAAAGAUUAAGACUGAAAUCCAGCAACUAAAGGAAAAUCUGAAUAUGGUUACCCUUUGGCUGCAGCUCCAGAUUCCACAGAUUGAGGACGGGAAUAACUUUGGAGUUGCAGUUCAGGAAAAAGUAUUUGAACUGAUGACAAAUGUGAGGACCAAGAUAGAUGCAUCUCAUACUCAGAUAUCAAAAUAUCUAUCUGAUCGAGGAGAUGCAGUGGCCAAAGCGUCAAAAAGUCCCCAUGUGGGUGAUUAUCGUGCACUAGUUCAGCAGUUGGAUGAAUCCCAGUACUGCGAGCUCCGGAUCACAGCUUUGGAAAUAAGGAACUUUUAUGCCAUGCUAUAUGAUGCCAUUAACAAGAAUUACAGCAAGAUUAAAAGACCUCGCGGAGAUACCAAGAGGCUCAUCUACUAGGCACGCUUCCUGUGCCAUUCAUUCUCAUCUGCAUAGAUUUGUCAAUAUACGUCACACU